UUGAAGAGAAAAAAGAAAUAAAAAAGGGUAUCAUCAGACUAGAGAGAGUAAGAGUAAGAGAAGAGAUGGAAAGAGUAGCAUCAGUAUCUCGGCCACUGAAAAUAUACUUCCUCCCAUUCUUCUCACCGGGGCACCUAAUCCCUCUGGUCCAGCUGGCUCGCUUGGUGGCGGCACGAGGCCAGCACGUGACCAUCAUCACCACCCCCGCCAACGCUCAACUCUUCGACCAGAACAUCGACAAGGACACCGCCUCCGGCCACCACAUCCGCGUCCACAUCAUCAAGUUCCCCAACGCCCACGUAGGGCUACCGGAAGGCAUCGAGCACCUCUCCGCCGCCACCAACAAUGAAACCGCCUACAAGAUCCACAUGGCGGCGCAUCUCAUCAUGCCCCAGCUCGAGUCUCUGGUCAAACACUCUCCACCGGACGUCUUCAUCCCUGACAUCCUCUUCACCUGGACCAAAGACUUCUCCCAGAAACUCUCCAUCUCGCGGCUAGUCUUCAACCCUAUUUCCAUCUUCGACGUCUGCAUGAUCCACGCCAUUAAAACCCACCCUGAAGCCUUCGCUUCCGACUCUGGGCCUUUUCUAAUUCCUGAUCUACCCCACCCUUUAACUCUCCCCGUCAAGCCUUCCCCCGGUUUCGCCGCCUUAACCGAAUCUCUCCUCGACGGGGAACAGGACAGUCACGGCGUCAUCGUAAACAGCUUCGCCGAUCUCGACGCCGAGUACACUCAACACUACCAGAAACUUACAGGGCGCAAGGUGUGGCAUGUUGGGCCAAGCUCCCUCAUGGUGCAAAAGACGGUGAAAAGUAGUACUGUUGAUGAGAGUAGACACGAUUGUCUCACGUGGCUUGACUCAAAGAAAGAAUCUUCGGUUCUCUACAUUUGUUUCGGAAGCCUUUCUCUCAUCUCCGACGAGCAGCUUUACCAGAUUGCUACCGGACUCGAAGGGUCAGGGCAUUGUUUUCUUUGGGUGGUGCAUCGCAAAAACAAAGACGGAGAAGAAGGAGAUUCUUCUUCUUCUUCCGGAAAGUGGUUGCCGGAAGGGUUUGAGGAAAAGAUAGCUAAGGAGAACAGAGGCAUGCUGAUUAAGGGAUGGGCGCCGCAGCCGUUGAUCCUGAACCACCCUGCGGUGGGAGGAUUUUUAACGCACUGCGGGUGGAACGCGGUGGCGGAGGCGAUCAGCUCCGGGGUUCCGAUGGUGACAAUGCCGGGUUUCGGGGACCAGUACUAUAACGAGAAGCUGAUAACGGAGGUGCACGGGUUCGGGGUGGAGGUGGGGGCGGCGGAGUGGAGCAUUUCGCCGUACGAGGGGAAGAAGAAGGUGGUGAGUGGGGAGAGGAUAGAGAGUGCCGUGAAGAGGUUGAUGGAUGAUGGAGAGAAAGGGAAGAGAAUGAGAAGCAAGGCCAAAGAGAUGCAGGAGAAGGCUUGGAAAGCUGUUCAAGAAGGUGGUUCUUCUUACGACAGUCUCACGGCUCUGAUUCAUCAUUUCAAGACUCUUGUGCCUAAUCAUGUGAAUGGGAAUGGGAAUAUCGAUCACUGAAUGAAUAUUACAUUGAUUCGAGUUUCAUGUUUUUGAUUAUUAGUUAUUUAUCAAGUGAAUGCAUGAAUGCCAUAAUUUUAGGGAAUCUUAAUCCGGGUAACUGGCUAGCUACCCCAAAUUUCCUAAAUCUAUCAUCCUUAAUUUGUAACAAUUGAUAAUAAUAAAUCAAUAAGAUGUAUGUCAGUGGAUUCUGAUACUUAGAA